AAAAAAAAAAAAAACCCUGCUCUAAACCCCAAAUACUCUCGCCGAUAUAUAAUCCCUUCGGCCAUCUUUUAGACCCCCUCUACUCCUUCGCCCUUCCGCUCCUUCGUCUAUUCGGUCACCUAGGGUUAGGGUUUGCUCUUUGGAGGAAUCAUGCUCGUCUACCAGGAUCUUCUCACAGCUAGGGGUUAUUUCUCUUCUUGUUCUGAUUAAGGUGGAGCUGACAUGAGGAUAGGAGAAGGAUGAAGUAAAUAUUAGAAUAAAAUACUAAAACUAUUUAUCUUUAUGAGAGCAUCAGGUCCUCCAAUUAAAAAAGUGGCUAUUUACAAGAUUGAUAGAGUUGACAGAAGGCAGGGAGGGUAGGACUGGAAUGAGAGAUCAAGGUGGAAAGUGAUUACUUUGUGAUCUACUUCCAAUCCGCUAUCAGGGGAUUGCAGGUGGACGGUUAUUUCAUCUUUCUGUAAGCCAUGAUUUGGCCCCCUGCCCUGGAGAUUUAGUGCUUCAAUUUGUUGCCAUUAAACCAGGCCAUCUAGAUGCGCUGUAAUGAUUUUCAGAACAUGUCAAGGCGAUGAGCUUUUGUCGGACUCAUUUCCCUACAAGGAAAUAGAGAAUGGUAUGCUGUGGGAAGUUGAAGGAAAGUGGGUCGUUCAAGGAGCAGUUUCUGUCAACAUUGGUGCAAACCCUUCCGCCGAAGGUGGUGAAGACGACGAAGGAGUUGAUGACCAGGCUGUUAAGGUGGUCGAUAUUGUGGACACUUUUAGGCUUCAGGAGCAACCGGCAUUCGAUAAGAAACAAUUUGUGACCUUCAUGAAGCGAUAUAUCAAAAAUUUGACUCCUAAAUUGGAUGCCGAGAAGCAGGAGCUAUUUAAGAAACACAUAGAGGGAGCUACCAAGUUCUUACUUUCAAAGCUUCGUGACCUGCAAUUAAUUCCAGCGCGUGGUGAUUGGACUGGUACAUGGGGCCUGCUGUCACCCGCAUGACCCCUGUGUACGGCACCAAUUCCCAGCUGCCCUAAGAGACUGGUCCACUGAGCAGAGAAGGGAGUGUGUUGGGAAGCAGCAAUCAUUAUACAUUUAUAUAUAGGGAUCUAUCAGUUAUUUUAUUUAGUAAUUAUUUGCUGUCUUAUUACUAUUGAACUGGGUACGAUAAAGCUAUAUUUUGUUUGCUUUUUUCGGUUCUGUUCUAUGAACUACUGUUACCAACUUACCAUAACUAUCCAGCCUUUUCCCUACUAUUUGGUGGUCGGCCUUCUAUGCAAUAAAGUGCUAUUUAGUAUAGUUCUG